AAAAUAUCCAUUAUAUCUCUCUCACUUCUCUUUCCUCCCCAACUUACCUAUCUUCUUAAGCUUCUGUCCCAUUCAUGGCUUACCGUCUCUGCGAUCAAAUUCACACCGUUCAUGACACUGUCGCCAGGAAGAAAGCACGGGAUUCUCACAUUGGACCAAACGAUGUCAACAACGAAUUCUUAUUGGGUUUCGACGAACGAAGAAGGAAUGUUAAGUUGAUUUCAAGCAUCAAUUCUCGUCGGACACGCUUUCGAAUCAAAACCUACCAAAUUAACUCGCAAUUCCUUAUCUGCAAACUUGAAUCCCCCAAUUGAAGCUCCACAAUCUCACAAUACGGAAGCCAUUGUGAAGCUUUCGCAAACACCUCAUUGUCAAACGCUCAAGCAAAACCCCUUAUGGCAUAAUCCAUCACCAGAAAUAGGCUUGUUGUAAACAGUGUAUCAGAUUUAGUAGACUAUUUGGUAGCAUUUGAUAAUCCCCGUGUCUUCUGUUUGUAUGCUUUCUUAUUGUGCUGGCGCCUUGCGUUGCCUGGCGGUCAUCUGAUAUGCUGGAGGCUGCUACUUCUGCAGCUGUUUUCCAGCAGUCCAUGCAUUGGAUGUCUAUGGCACACCCAAAGGCAUACUAUCACUCAGUAGUCAACUACGAGCUUAUGGAGGAUUACAGCCGGGUUGAGGCUGGUGCUGCCGCUAAUGCACUCAUUCAUUGGUGCUGGAACUUGAAGCUUGAGCUUUUUCAAGAGGUUUGUGUUUCAGAUGCGACCAAUAGACCACUUGUUCUGCAGCGUCUACUUGGAUAGUACAGCAGGUGGCUCUCAAUGUGACGUCUGUAACACUAGGAAUGCUCAAAUAGCCUGAGCUUGUUCAAGCAACCGGUAUUGCUUCCAUGCAAUCACUUGUUCUGUAGUUCCUGCUUGGUGGAUUGUACAACGACUGGUUCUGAAUGUGCUCUGUGUAACACUAAGUACGCUCAAAUAGAUAUAAGGCAUGUGCCUUUUGUGGAAAAUGUGGUAUCGAUCUAUAAGAGCUUGGAUGCAAAUUUUUGUGCUAACUUGUUUCAGCAACGCUCUUCUGAUGAUCUUAGGGUUUUGGAGCGGUGCCAAAAUUUUCCCAAUUCAACUUGUAGUAAUAAGAUGGCUGAUGAGGUUAUGCAGAAUUCAUGUAUUUCUCAUGAGGUUGGGGUUAGCAAGAAUGACAAAACCAAUAUUACAAUGCAUGGUAGGGGAGCGAUUGACGGUAUUGUAGGGAAGCCUAAUUCAAUGGGAUGUUCCCAGACCGAAAUUGGGGGUCGUGUCGAAAUGGACGUGAAUCAAGUGACAGCAUCAGCACCAGACAGCCCUCCAUUUUGUGAUACCAAAGGUUCUCAUAAUGAUUGCAGCGAUCAAGACAUUGAGCAGCCAUUCAAUCUUGGAAGAUUGGAAAAUUCGUCAUUAAAAAGAACAAGCACAGGAAAAAGUAAUUUGAAUGAAAGAAUGGCUCAGUUCAGGUCUGAAAGUUCUGCCUCUGAAAAUGAGGGUCUUAUGAGAGAUCUUAAGAGACAAAAAAUCCUCACUAAUGGAGAUGGUGUUAUUCAACAUUGCACCACACAUCAUAAUAAGCUUGUGGAUUCCCACUGCGACUCCCUUAAAAUUGAAAAGGACCUUGGUGCACUCAAGCCUUCAAAUGCACCAAAUGGCUUGUACCCAUGUACAAGCAUCUGUUUGUUUUGCCAGUCCUCCGUAAUUUCAGAGGCUACUGGGCCAAUGCUGCAUUAUGCAUAUGGGAUUUCAGUUACCGGAGAUGCUGCAAUGCAACCAAAUGUCAUACAUGUGCACAGAGUUUGCAUUGACUGGGCACCACAAGUGUAUUUUGUCGGCGAAACUGUUAAGAAUUUGAAGGCAGAAGUGGCCAGGGGAGCAAAGCUUAAAUGCACCAAAUGUGGUCUAAAGGGAGCUGCUCUUGGUUGCUAUGUCAAAUCAUGUAGACGAACUUAUCAUGUUACUUGUGCAAUGGACAUCUCUACUUGCCGUUGGGAUCAUGUGGAUUUUCUAUUGCUAUGUCCUGUUCAUUCAAAUGUCAAAUUUCCAAAUGAGAAAUCCAGGCAUAAUAAACAGGCAAUUCAGAAGCAUCCUGUUUCAUCACAUCUGCCAUUUCAACAGUCAAACCAACUUGGAGCUUUACAAGAUGAUGACAAAAAAAUGGUUUUCUGUGGAUCUGCUCUAUCAAAUGAAGAAAAGGUGCUAUUGAUUAAUUUUGCAAGUAAGGUUGGUGCUACAGUGACCAAGUUUUGGACCUCAGAUGUCACCCAUGUGAUUGCAGCAACUGAUGCAAAUGGAGCAUGCACCAGGACAUUGAAAGUUUUAAUGGCAAUUCUAAAUGGACAAUGGAUCCUAAAAAUGGACUGGAUAAGAGCAUGCAUGGAAGUGACAGGUCUUGUAGAUGAAGUGCUGUACGAAAUUGAUCUUGACAACCAAGGGUGUAAUGGUGGCCCAAAAGCUGGCCGACUUAGGGCAUUGGCCAAUGAGCCAAAGCUAUUCAGUGGCCUUAAGUUUUAUUUUUCUGGUGAUUAUGAUUUGAGUUAUAAAGAAGAUCUUGAAGAUUUAGUUGAAGCAGGAGGCGGUGCUGUUUUGAGAAGCAAGGAUGAAUUGGAAGUUAGAAGAGAUGCAAAUUUACUUGUUGUUUAUAAUCUUGAUCCCCCACAAGGAUGUAAGCUGGGGGAGGAAGUGUCAAUUCUUUGGCAGAGACUGAAUGGAGCAGAGGAUCUAGCUGCCAAUACCCGUGGCCAAGUCAUUGGUCACACGUGGAUUCUGGAGUCAAUUGCUGCAUGUAAAUUGCAGCCUUUUGUUAGCUAAAAUGCAUUCCUUAGCUGAUAUUUUGUCCAUCUUUUAAUAUGAUGUUUAUUUUGCAAAAGAUUUGAUAAACUUUGUACAGCAUUUCUACUGAAUUUAUAUCUUGUUCUGGCAUUCAAUUCAAUAUAUUGAAAUCCAUGUGGAAUUUU